CAGAAUCUGGGGGCCUCUGGAGUCUACUCUUCCUUCGCGCCCAAGGAGCCUGUCUGGGACCUUCGCUGCGGAGUUGCGAGAGCGGACUCACUACUGGGCACUGGAACCUGCGAUUUGAAGAGAGAGUACAUUUGCGAACAAGGAGCGGUGCGACCCGCACCUACCCCACCCCCUUCUCCGCCGCUGGGGUACGUCGCCAUGGACAAGUACCCGCACUCGCUGUACAAGGUGCACCGCGACAAGGCGUCGUGGGAGACAGCGAGGCGCCGCUGCGAGGGCGAAGGGGCGCACCUCAUGUUCGUCAACUCUCUGGACGAGGCCGACAGGGUUCUCAAGCGCACCGCCCUGCCCGGCUGGUUCUGGCUGGGCUUCGACGACUUCGCCAAUGAAGGGGAGUACGUCUACUUGGAUGGGACGAGGGUUGCGGACUCUGGCUAUGAAAGAUGGGCCACGGAUGAGCCUACAGAAAAUCUCAACUGCGGCGUUGCGAGAACAGACGGACUCCUUGGUACAGGCACAUGUAAGAUUGAGAGAGAAUAUAUUUGUGAAUGGGACAAACCUAGAGCGCCACCGUCGCCGACGUGGAUCCCUCCGGGCUACUCCAAAAUCGGCAACUUGGGGCUGUACAAAGUGCACCGGGAUCGCGUGCAAUGGGAGACGGCCCGACGCAAUUGCGAGGCGGCGGGGGCGCGACUUCUGAUCGUCAACUCCCAGGCCGAGGCCGACGCCGUCCUCAAGACAAGCGGCCUGCCAGGUUGGUUCUGGCUGGGCUUCGACGACUUCGACAACUCGGGACAAUACAUCACGUUGGACGGGAGAACUUUAAGAGAUGCUGGGUACGAGAAAUGGGACUCAGGAGAACCUGACAAGAAGCUCAACUGUGGUGUGGCAACUGUCAAGGGUCUCUUAGGAACUGGAAAUUGCAAAUAUAAUAGGGGCUAUAUUUGUGAGCUCAUGUGGCCGUAGGAAUACUACAAAAACUUAAUUAAAAUCAUAUUGCCAAUUUUAUCCGUAAGAUCUUAUUGUAAGAAAUAAACAUAUCUCUAGAAAAUUUGUUUCUUUAUUUUUAAAAUCACCUAAAGAAACAAUGUCUAAAGAACACCAAAUUCAAGGA